CCACCCACCCGACCCGACGAGCUCGCCCUCGCCCUCGCCCUCGCCCAUGAGUCUCGCCGCCGAGUCGCCGUCUCCGUCCUCCCCGUCCUCGUCGAGCGGCAGCGACGACUUCGCGGCGCUCCUCGACGCGGAGCUCGAUUUCGACUCCGCCGCCGACCCCUCCUCCGCCUCCGCGGCCAGCGACGACGAGGAAGAUGGUGACGAGGAGGAGGGGAAGGAGGAGGACGUGGUGAUGGUCGUGGAACAAGAGGAAGCCAAAGUAGAGCAGAGCAGCUCUAAACGGCGUAGAGUGGAGGACCAACACCAAGAUGAAGGAAAAGCAAUGAGACCUAAUGAUGAUACAGUUGGUUCUUCUAAAGAUGUUAAAAUUGAGAUAUGUCCUCCACAUCCUGGGUUUUUUGGUGGACUCUGUUUUAAAUGUGGGAAAAAACAAGACGAGGAAGAUGUUCCGGGGGUUGCUUUUGGUUACAUCCAUAAGGGCUUGACGCUAGGUACAUCAGAAAUUGACAGACUACGUGGAGCUGAUUUGAAGAAUUUGUUGCGUGAAAGAAGACUAGUACUCAUUUUAGACUUGGAUCAUACACUGAUUAACUCAACCAAGCUCCUUGAUCUUUCUGCUGCUGAAAAUGAAUUGGGAAUUCAAUCUGCUGCUUCAAAAGAUGAUCCAAACAGAAGCUUGUUCAGAUUGGAUGCAAUGCAGAUGCUUACAAAGUUGAGACCAUUUGUCCGUGAAUUUUUAAAAGAAGCAAGCAAUAUGUUUGAGAUGUAUAUAUACACUAUGGGUGAUAAGGCUUAUGCAAUUGAAAUAGCAAAGCUUCUUGACCCUGAAAAUGUAUAUUUUGGCUCAAAUGUGAUCUCAAAUUCUGACUGCACUCAGCGACACCAGAAAGGUCUUGAUGUGAUUCUUGGAGCUGAAAGUCUUGCGGUGAUUCUUGAUGACACUGAGUAUGUGUGGCAGAAACAUAAAGAAAACCUGAUUCUAAUGGAGAGAUAUCAUUACUUUGCUUCUAGUUGUCGCCAAUUUGGUUUUAGUGCCAGAUCUUUGUCAGAGUCAAUGCAAGACGAAAGGGAGGGUGAUGGUGCUUUGGCUACCAUUUUGGACAUCUUGAGGCGCAUACACUCAAUUUUCUUUGACUCAGCUGUUCAAAACCCUCUUCCUUCACGGGAUGUAAGACAGGUGAUCAAGAGGGUACGGCAGGAAAUACUUGAUGGCUGCAAACUAGUGUUUACUCGUGUAUUCCCGUUACAUCAACGCCCACAAGAUCAGAUGCUCUGGAAGAUGGCCGAGCAGUUGGGUGCUGUUUGCUGCACAGAUGUGGAUUCUAUGGUCACCCAUGUUGUUGCUUUGGAUCUAGGAACGGAGAAGGCCCGCUGGGCUGUUGGUAACAAGAAGUUUUUGGUACAUCCCCGCUGGAUUGAGGCCGCGAAUUUCCGAUGGCACCGGCAACAAGAGGAGGAUUUUCCUGUAGCUCGCCCAAGGGAAAAGAGUAAAGAAAAUGCUGCCGAUGCUGCUAGCACAAAGGAGAAGGGUAAAGAAAAUGCUGCUAGCGCAAAGGAUAACGGUAAGGAAAAUGCUGCUGAUGCUGCUAUCGCAAAGGAGGGUAAAGAAAAUGCCCAUGAUGCUACUAUCGCAGAGGAGAGUAAAGAAAAUGCCCAUGAUGCUACUAUCCCAGAGGAGAGUAAAUCUGAUGAUGAUCCUAGCGGUGUAACUGGCUUGUAAAUCCGCAUACACCUUAGUCAGCUGUUGGUAGACAUUGCUGUGACUGCGAAACGCAAGUACGCAACUACAUUAGGAUUGGUUCUCCUGCGGAAUUGAAUUACGGAAAGUGUGUCAUUUUUGGAUC